UGAACGGCCUUUCCGCCCGCCCCGAUCUUGGUACUGUGGGACUGGUUUUAUUUUAAAUUUUUCUUCGAGUCUGCGCGGUGGUGGAAGUUAUGCCCACGAUCCGAUCCCGUUCCACCGUACCGUACCGUUCCCAACUGCUCGUGUUUAAAGUGUCCCUUGCAUGCUGAGUAGCCCACCGCUGAGCGAUGAGCCCGAGCCCAUCUGGGCGGCUGGGCCUGUUCUGGCUGGUGGCACUGGCGCUCCUCGCCGCCGUCGGCAGUCGCGAGUCCCAGCUGCGCAUUGGCAAAGCCAUCAACAUAUUUCUGCGCUAUGGCUACCUGAGCAUAUCGAUGCGGGUGAUUCCCAUGAAUGACAAUGUGGAAACGGAGCGUUGGAUAUUCAAAGAGCCAACAAAAAAUAUCUACAGGAACUUGAGCGGACUGGCGGAGAGCCAUGAGGACACCACGCCAGGCAUCUUCCAUGGCGACUUCCAUAUGGAGUUUUGCGAUAAUCGUCGCCAGCUGUUUCAGGCCUACUUCCGUGACUUCACCGUCGAGCGGAUGGACAAGCCCUGGGAGGCCUUCACGGGUGGCUGGUUUCCCGACAACGCGGCCAAGAAGCUGGGCAUCAACACCUCCUUCAUCCAGGGCGACUACUCGUAUGUGCUGGUUCGGGUUGUGCGAUUCCGGGAGACGGGCAAGCUGAACGCCGACAUUCCGAUCGACCAGCAGCUUGAGCCGGAGGUCAAGGCGCGCAUGGAUCAGCUGGAGAUUGGAAAUCUCACCUCGGCGGUGCGCUUCAUAGAGUCUGUCGGCACACACUACGUCAACUCGUACACCACAGGGAACUCGCUGUAUCAGGUGUUUGUCUACAGUCGCAAGAACUUCAAAAUGAUCAAGGAGCGCAUCAGGAGCAAGGGUCUGAAUGCGCUCUCCAAGCUCGAUCUUUACAACUACUUUGCGCCGUGGUUUGCCGAGCAUCUGGGCCAGAUUCGUUCGGCCAGUGCCAAUGCCACCGUGGAGCGCUGGGCGCGUCGUAAGCUCCAGUACGAGUACUAUGUGGUGAAGUAUGUGACCCUGCUGAAGCUGCACGGCAACAGCACGCUGCUGCGUUCCUUGGACACGCUGCUGGGCAACGAUGCCAUCCUGCAGCUGGACCUUAAGUCGCUCAAUGUGGUCUUUAGGGAGAAUCCGAAGAAGGAGAGCUGGUUCCACGAAGUCCUCGACAACAACAUGAAGCUUUGGGAGCUCAAUAUGCCGCAGAAUCAUGCCAGCCGGUAGUGGUGGUCCAUGGAUCGGAUUGGGGGCUACAGCUUAAAAGUUCCUAGAUGCGAGCUCGUAGUUAGGUUCUCUAGCGCGUAAUUACUGUUCUGCCUGUGAUAGUUUUUAGGUAGUUUAAUUAAUCAAAAGAACAAUUGAUUUUGCAUUUUAGUAAACUAGUUUUUACGAUCGCAGUACUGCUGUCUCAUAGAUUUCCUAUAAUAAUAAUAAUA